AGCCAGUACCCGCAUUUCCCCAUUAGUGAUGAAGUCAUCCAUUUUGAGUAGUCCACUGCUAUCAUGCAGUACACUUCUCUCUCUUGCCACUGGUAAUCGCAAGCCUAUUUUCUUAACUAUGUAACCCAACCCACUACCACAAAUUCGAAAUUAUAAAGAAUUGGAAUUGCUCCUCCUAAUUAUAUUUAUAUUACUUCAGUAAAUUGUCUGAGUUCUACCUUUAUAGUUUGGAUUUAAUUAAUUACUUUUUAUAAGUUAGUUAGAAUCAAGCGGUUAGCCAAUCUCAGCCAGUUACUUUAAGUUUUUUCAUAUUACUUGUCCGUUAUCCUUCCUCACCACCCCGCUUAAUAGAUUGUUUCACUAUCAUUGAUAUCAAUUAAUCUUUAUACUAUCAUUAUUUCAUUAUGCAAUUCACGUUAUCAACUUUAGCCACAAUUGCAACUGCUUUACUUGCUUUACCAGUUAAUGGUGCUAAGCAUUCAACUAAUUUAAAGAGAGUUCCUCUUGAAGAUACUUUAGGUGCUAAUACUUUCCAAGAAUAUACUAAUGCUUUAUCUAAUAAAUAUGUUAACUUAUUUAAUGCUGCUAAUGGUAAUUCUGAAUCUCAAGUUCAUUUAGGUGGUGGUCAAGUUCCAUUUAUUCAAAAGACUUCUGGUUCUGUUGAUGCAAAUGGUCAUGAUGUUCCAUUAACUAAUUAUUUAAAUGCUCAAUAUUUUACAGAAAUUCAAUUAGGUACUCCACCUCAACCAUUUAAAGUUAUUUUAGAUACUGGUUCUUCUAACUUAUGGGUUCCAUCUCAAGAUUGUUCUUCUUUAGCUUGUUUCUUACAUGCUAAAUAUGAUCAUGAUUCAUCAUCUUCUUAUAAAGCUAAUGGAUCUGAAUUCUCUAUUCAAUAUGGUAGUGGAUCUAUGGAAGGUUAUGUAUCUCAAGAUGUUUUAACUAUUGGAGAUUUAGUUAUUCCAGGUCAAGAUUUUGCUGAAGCUACUCAAGAACCAGGUUUAGCCUUUGCCUUUGGUAAAUUUGAUGGGAUUUUAGGUUUAGCUUAUGAUACUAUUUCUGUUAAUAAAAUAGUUCCUCCAGUUUAUAAUGCCAUUAACAAAGGUUUAUUAGAUUCUCCACAAUUUGCCUUUUAUUUGGGUGAUACUGAUAAGGAUGAAAAUGAUGGAGGUGUUGCCACUUUUGGUGGUUAUGAUGAUUCUUUAUUCACUGGUAAAAUUACUUGGUUACCAGUUAGAAGAAAGGCUUAUUGGGAAGUAUCAUUUGAAGGUAUUGGUUUAGGUGAUGAAUAUGCCGAAUUAGCUAAUACUGGUGCUGCCAUUGAUACUGGUACUUCAUUAAUUACUUUACCAUCAUCUUUAGCUGAAAUCAUUAAUGCUAAGAUUGGUGCUACUAAAUCUUGGUCUGGUCAAUAUCAAAUUGAAUGUGAAAAGAAGCAAACUUUACCACCUUUAACAUUAAAUUUCGCAGGUUAUAAUUUUACUUUAAGUGCCAAUGAUUAUAUUUUAGAAGUUGGUGGUUCAUGUAUUUCAGUUUUCACUCCAAUGGAUUUCCCUAAACCAAUUGGAGAUUUAGCCAUUGUUGGUGAUGCUUUCUUAAGAAGAUAUUAUUCUAUCUAUGACUUGAAGAAAGAUGCUGUUGGUUUAGCAUCAGCUAAGUAAAAUAGUAUAUUUGUUGCAUCAUAAAUUUUAUUGAUUAAUUUAUUGUUUAGUUCUUUUUUGCUUUUACCUUUGCUUUUACCUUUCCGCUUAUCUAUUUACUAUGAUGUCUAAAAUUUGCACGAUUUUAAUAAUGACUUCAUUAGUAUAAUAUAAUUCUUACUUACUUUGUUUAACUUGAAUUAAAAGUUUAACCUACAAAAAUAUAUUAUUAUAUACUUAAUUAGUUCAUAUCAUACAUAUCUAUUUUUAUCGUCUAUUGUAUU